AUGGAACAUUUUAUGGAAAGAACAGAAGGUUUGGAAAGGUUUUUGGCAAAUAUAGGGGGAGAAUUCAAAGGAAACCGGAUAUUUGUGGGCAACAACUCGCUGGCCGCUUUUAAGUUUAUUUUGUCGAUGCAGGACUUUUCGUACAGAAGAUUUGGCAAAAAUGUUUUUGAAUUCUACGGCCUGGAAAGACCUUCAGAUCGCGCCAGCCGAAGCAAGUACCUAGACAUGCUCACGGGCUGCAUUGAAGUGGCAACCGAGUCCACAGAAGACAGCUUCAAGUCGCCCUCUGUGAUCUGCGAAGGUGCAGUGCAUUUCAACUGCCAGUUUGUUUGGCCUGGGUGGGGGCAUUGCUCGGAGGACCCUGCGCUGCCAAGAGAGUGCGAGAGAAGAGGCCUUACAUUUAUCGGGCCAAGCGAGCAUGCGAUGGGCAUGCUGGGCAGCAAAAUAUCGGCGAACACGCUGGCAGACAGCUCUGGGAUACGCAGCAUUCCCUGGAUAGACGUGAAGCAUGCAGACAAGGUGGACCAGUUUUGCAAAGACGUUGGGUAUCCUGUGAUGGUGAAGUCUCCUGACGGCGGGGGCGGAAAGGGCAUUCGCGUGGUCGAGUCUCCCGAGCACCUGCAGCAAGCGAUUCGCGUGGUCAAAGACGAGUCAGGGUGCACUGGCGUGUUUGUGACAAAGUACCUGGGAAAAAUAAAGCACAUAGAGUUGCAGCUGCUGGCAGACUCCCACGGCUCUAUUGAAGUUGUAUCCAGCAGAGACUGCACCAUGCAAAGACGGAACCAAAAGCUAAUCGAAGAGGGGCCUGCCAUGCUAGACAUGCAUGAAGAGGAGGACAUAAAGGAGAAGGCAAAAACCAUGCUAAAGGAGGCAAAGUACCAGAACGCGUGCACCGUCGAGUUUGUGUAUGACGUGGAGUCGAGCCAGAUAUACUUUCUGGAGUGCAAUCCACGGCUGCAGGUUGAGCACACAGUAACGGACUUGCUAACAGAAAGCAACCUGUGUGCAGCGCAGUGGCUGGUGUCGUGCGGGGUUUCCAUUCGCUCUCUGCAGGAGAUUGGCGUUCUAAAGAAGCCCCAGCAGGGCAGGCAUGUAGUUGCUGCGCGAGUAGUUGCUGAGUCGGCGGAGUGCGGGUUUGUUCCCAGUACCGGGUCGGUUUUUGUUUCGUCGUGCUUCCAAAUGGGCACGGUUGGGUACUUUUCUAUAGACUCCGGCGCAAUUACGCCGUACAACGACUCCCAGUUUGGGCAUGUCUUUGGAAUUGGCCAGACGCGGAGCGAGGCUGUGCGCGCGCUGAAGCUGGCUUUGAACUCUGUCCGCAUCACAGGAGGGGUCAAAACGCUGAACAAUUUUCUUGCAGACCUGAUUGCUACAGAGGAGUUUCUGAGCAACGCACACACCACACGCACUCCGGAGCGCUUCCAGCAAGAGCUGGUGAAAAGAUCCCAGACAGACCCGUUUUUGAUCUUAUGCUUCUGCGCCAUAUCCGCCCACAGAAGCGGAGAAAAAAAGCUCUCUAUGAACUUUCAAACAAAUGGGCUAAGCGUGUUUGCCGAGGUCACAGAAGUGGGAGCCCUUGCCUAUGCGAUUUGCAUAAACGGGGAGGCCUCCGUGCUGGAAAUUCUUCCGCUUUUCGACGACAAGUAUCGGGUCAAAACAGAGGCUGGCGAGGUGCGCGCCAUUUACUUUUCAAGGUCGAAGAUACACACCGAGGUGCGCACAGAGAGGGAAACGCUUCGGUUUACAGAAAACAGCGCUGGAAACACAGUCUACUCAAGCGUGCCUGGGCGGGUGGUCCGGCUGCUGAAAAGCGGAAGCGUCAAAAAAGACGAAGUCUAUUUGGAAAUAGAAAGCAUGAAGAACCUUAUACAAAUAAAAGCGCCCAAAGAGGGCGCCCUCAAGUACAAGGUGGAGGCUGAAGAAGUGGUUGAGGUAGGCGACGCCCUGGCUGAAAUCGUUGGAGACGAGUCGGUUGCGCCCGUCCAGUACACGCGAAAAAUCCUGUACAGAAACACGGAAAAGGACUACACGCCAAACCUCUUUAAGGGGUACGAGGUUCCCACGGAGAUCCAGUCCUUUAGCAAAAGCACCAUUCUGCAAGCAAUGGAGGCGUACAGCGGCGAGGCAUGUGUUGAAAGCGUGCAUGCAGACGGCUACAUUAAAAAAAGCCUGGAGGUGCUUCUUGGCAUGGAAAGCGAAAUAGCGCAGUUCAAAUCCAUGAUUCCGAAGGUAAAGUACAAAAUGGCCAAAAAGGGCGCAACAGAAGCUGUGAAGGCCGCCUACGACUUGCAAACGCGGAUAAAGGAUGCAGAGCGAGCAGGGGAUCUGAGCUCCCUGGAGGAGGCUCUUGCGGAGAAGGGCAUAGGCGAGCUGGACCGCAUAACCGGGUACGCGGACGGAGACACCCUGCUUCUUCUCUCCCUGCAGGCGGAGAAGCGAGACGAGGUUAUCCGGCUGUGGGCCAAAAAAGUCCUGGGCGCCCUCCAUGUAGAAAUAACUGCUGAAGAAAGCGGGGCAUGCCCCAGGAUAAAAAUAUCAGCACAAGCAGAUGCAAACUCCCAAAUGCACACAUUCUACCUUCUUAGAAAGCACGCGCCUAAAGACACGCCAGACAGCAUGCUCUCGGGCGCGUCAAUGGGCACAGGCCUUGAAAUCCCAGGCCGGGCGACUGUUCUAGAGGUCGAUGGCGUGUGCGUGAACUACCGAAGACGCGGGCUCAGCAGCAGCGAGCUGUACGACUGCCUGGACAUCCGCACGGUGGAAGUGGACGGCUUUACCCUUCCGCAGAGAAUAACAGAGAUGCCCUCUCCGGUUCUAAAGUAUGUUCUGUGGAACCGGAGAGUGUCUGUGUAUGUGUCAGGCCUGGGCUCAGCCUCCGGUGCUGCAAUACACUGCAUGCUUGCUCUAGACGAAGUUAUGAAAAUGCACAUUUUUUCUGAGCUAGUUGGGGAAAUCGAGUCGAUAUGCGCGCUGGUGGCGUCUGACCGCACAGUUGAAGUUUUUGUGCACGUGUGCGAGGCGUUUCCGGAUGGGCUGCCUGCCGAGUACUUCAGGAACCUUUUGUCGAAGGCAUGCCCUACCACGGCAGGGGCAGGAUGCAAAUGGACUGUCUCUGGGAUGUGCACAGAGAGCGGCCAGAUGGAAACGUUUUCCCUGGUGGUUCGAGCCGAGAGGGGAUUUAAAGAGGCCGUGCUCUCUAAAAAAAGCGGGCAGGUGUUUUACACGGUGGACGGGAUCUGCAUAAAAAACACCUUGGCCAGCAAGCCCACAGACCAGGCGCUCACGCCCAGCAGUGCUGCAGGCUCUUGCAUAGAGGCGUCCAGAAAAAAAGCCAAAAGCUUGAGCACGCUUUAUUUAUAUGAUGCAGCCGCGCUUCUUGGGAUCAUGGUGCAGGAGCUGCACAGCGGGCUUGCUGUUUCGAAGAUUCCAAACGAGAAAGAGGCAGCGAUUUCUGGCUGGAGAUUUACUGCGGGCGCGCUGGACUUUAUAUUUUUGGGGAAUGACAUAACUGUAAACAACGGGGCGUUUUCCAUCGACGAAGACAACUACUUCAGCAGGUGCGCAGACAUCUCGCUCAAAGAAAAAAUCCCGUUUGUGUACAUGUCCAGCAACUCUGGCGCAAAAAUAGAGGUUCUGGAGGCCAUUAAGCCACUUAUCCGGUAUGACAACAGCGACAGCAUAAUAUACAUAGAGCCCGAGGACUACGCCGCCCUUACAAUAAAGGAGCAGAUCGAGGUUGUGGAGCGAGAAAUUGGCGGAAGGCGCGCAUAUGAAGUUACAGACAUACUGGGCGUGUACGGAAUGGGGGUCGAAAACCUGUCGUAUUCGGCACAAAUUGCGAAGGACAUGGCUCGGCUCUACAAGGAGGUGCCCACAAUGACAUAUGUGUCGGGGCGAGCUGUUGGAAUAGGCGCAUAUCUUGCCAGCAUUGGCGGCCGAAUAAUACAGAAAGCAGACUCCCCAAUCAUUCUGACGGGCUUUAAUGCACUGAACAGUCUUCUACAGAAGGAAAUAUACAGGAGCAACAUAGAAAUAGGCGGGCCUUCUAUUCUGGAGAAAAACGGAGUGGUCCACAAAACCGUCAAAACAGACUCUUCCGGCAUGCAGGAAGUUGUAAACUGGCUGCAGUAUGUGCAGGGCGCGCAUAAGUGCCCAGAGCUCCCAAGCUCGCCAAACAGCCUGCCCUUGGACGGCGCCCUCGGCAGCGAGCAGAUAGAGUCGCUCACGCCAGAAGAGAUAGUAAGCUACAUUUCCGACAGAGACACGUUUACUGAGUAUCUGUCAGAGUGGGCGCCGAACGUGCGCAUUGGAAGGGCGCGGAUAAACGGGAUUGCGUGCGGAGUGAUAUUCCCACGAACAGGAACUGUGCACGGGCACAUUCCGGCGCCUGCUGCAAUAGGAAACGGAUUCAAGCCUAAAGAGGUUGUUCAGUACGUGUGGACUGAAAACGUCCUUUUUUCUGAGUCUUCAAAAAAAAUAGCUCUGUCCAUACGGGACUUUUCCCUGGAGUCUCUCCCCAUCCUGAUUCUGCUUAACUGGAAAGGCUUUUCUGCAGGCCACUUGGACAUGUUUGACGGCGUUCUCCAAAACGGCUCUGAAAUAGUUCGGAGCAUGGAGAGCACAAGCACCAAGAUAUUCACAUACCUUGCCCCUCUGUCAGAGCUUAGAGGCGGCUCCUGGGUGGUUUUUGACAAGAAGAUUGGGAACCAGAUAAAGUUCACUGCGCACCCAACAGCCAAAGGCAGCGUGAUUCAUCCGGACGGCCUCUCCAAGAUAAAGUGCAAGCAAAACGAGCUGUCCCACACGCUGGAAAAAUCAGGCGUGGCGGUGUCCAAAACCUCCGCGUCCAAGCUGGCCAAGGCCUUCUGCGCCCUCCACGACUCGUCCAAAAGAAUGAUAAAAAUGGAAGUUAUUGACGAAAUACUUACUGUGUCUCAGCUAAAGCCAGCUAUCAUAGAGUAUUUUAGAAAUUAA